UAAGCUACGGUAUUUAGUUCCAUUCUAUUCCAUCUUACUCAAUGCCUACUCGCGGCAACAAGUCAAAAUGCACCUGUCCCUAGCCACUAGCUACUUGGCUACGUGGCAACCCUAUCAUGUUCCUUUAAUUUUGUGGCUUAUUAAGCUUAAAUUGUCAUAGCACUAACUGCAAUGUCUGGGCUUGGCUUUACCUUUCCACGUAAGCGCCAAGCGCGCACGGAUGACGAUGAGGCCAGCGCGGAGGAGGAGUGGCGCGUGGGAUACGCCGAGGAUGUUGAUGAGCGUCGAGCUGACCUGCUUCGGCGCCUGGAAGCGAAGACGUCAGCCCCAACCAAGCUUGUCAACCCAUGGGCAAUGCCAGGAGUUGCAGCCGCGGCUCCCCGAGCCCCCCAGCCGGACAACGUGCUGAUGCUGGAGGUCGAUGUGCAGGGCUACGAUGGCUAUGGUGAGGGGGGCGGCACGCCUGAGGAAGCGGACGCCGGCGGAGGGGCAGCAGCAGCAGCAGGGGGGGCCUCGGCACUUGUGGCAGCGGGGCAGGGAGUGGAGGGUGGCGCGUUGCUGCAUGCGGCAGCCCGGCUGUUCAGCCGUCGGGAACUGCAGCAGCAGCAGCAGUUCGGCCAGGUGCAAGACGGCCAGGGAGGAGCAGGGCGCGCUGUCUGCGGGGCGGCUGCAGCGGCACAGAUGGAUCAGCUGCUGCGGGACCUGCAGCAGCGCUCCGCAGUUGCUCCCAGUGGCGGUGCUUCUGCAGAGGGCGAGCAAGAAGGGGAGGAGCAGGGGGAGGAGGAGGAGGGCGGCGACGGAGGACAUGCGGCGCUUGUGGCAGUGGCAGCCGGUGGGAGAGGGGACGCAGCAGGAGCAGCAGCAGGGGUACGGAGCUCAGACGGCUUUGGCGGAUCCUUCCCUGCCGGGGCCCCCCAGCAUCAUCGCGGCGGCCGGCCGCCGCUGUCUCCCCUGCCGGCGCGACUCAGCGGACUUUCCAGCCUCUUGGGUGCUCGUGGCGGCAGCGGCAGCAGCGCCCGAGGUUACGGCAGCAGCAGCAACCACAACAGCUCGGUUGGCGCCUUGGGCGGCUUUGGGUCAGCCCUACCGCCUUCUUCUGCCCAUGCAGCAAAGAAGAAGGCGCGGUUUGUGAUCCGGGAGGGACCCACAGCGCCGCUGCCGUCUCCUGCUGCUGCAGGCACGCCAGGGCGGGGAGCAGGGGCAGGAAGGGGGAGUGCAUUUGCGGGGGGUGGAAGGGCUGCGAUGACGGCAGGGGGUGUCAGGGCGGCGGAGGGCGGGUUGGAGGGUGCGGCUCAGGAGGCGCCUCAUGGGGCGACAGCGGCGGCAGCAGCGGCGCCCUCGCCCGCACCCGCACCCACGCCGGCUCGUGGCGGCCUGGCAGCCCUCCUGGCCGGCGGCCCGCCUCCCUCCGCCGCCAAGCAACGUACCCCGGCACCCCUCCCCCGCAUCACUCCACCACCCCUGCAUGUCAGCCCCGCCCGCACACCCAGCCACACCGCCACCACUGCCGGCGCUGCAACACCCGGUGCGCUUGCCGUACCGACAGCGGCUGCAUCCGCGGCACCGUCAGCCGACCAGCCACAGGAGCAGCAGCUGCUGCUCGCGACGCCGGCGCGUGCCACCGCCGAAGGGGCCGCCGCCACUGCUGCCACUGCUGCCGCCGUGACACCUCUGUUGCCGCCCAGUGGCCGUGCGGUGGCUGCAACGGCGGCUGCACCUGCUGCUGCUGCUCCUGCUGCAUUGCAUUGCAGCAGUGGCGGCGGCGCAACGGGCAUGGGUCGUAUAACCACACAGCAGCAGCAGCACAAUCACCCGCAUCCGUAUGUACAGCCUGCCGCCACGUUGCCCUUCGUGUCGCCGCCGCCGCCGGUACCACCAGCGUCACGAUACCGACACGCGCAUGCGGGGGCUCCGCCUCCCUCCACUGCUGCUGCUGCUGCCGGGGCAGCCGCUGCCGGGGCCUCCGUGACAACCCCCGGGCCUCCACGUCCCGCCAGCGCCCCUGCUUCCCUGCGCGACCUGCUGCUACCGCCCCGCCCCUCCUUCGGGACACCCGCGACUGGGUCCGCUGCUACCACACCCGGCCCGCGUCAACAGCUGCGUGUGCAUCAACUGAUACAGGAGCAGCAUGGACAGCAGCAGGCCGUACCCGAGGGAUCCCUGGCGGGUCCUGCCGCUGCUGCUGCUGCUGCAACAGUUACAACAACACCCUAUUACCGCCAUCAGCCCCCCGGUCAAGAGGGAGGCCUCCCUCGCGACGGCGACCAUCCGCAGCAGCUGCAAGCCGAUCAGCUGCACCCCGUCCAACACGAACACCUCCACCCGCAGCAGCAGCAGCAGCAGACCCCUCAACCCUACCCUCCACCAUGGCUGCACCUGCCGCGGAACACACCUGCUGCCGCUUCUGUCCCCACGUCCGCAGCCAAAACCAACCUGCUAGAACUCAUGAGUGAGCAAAAGAACCGGCAACGCGAGUUCCUGCAGGGCCUAGGACCCGCGGCUGUGACCACACCGCACAACCAAAGCCAGGCAGCGGGGAUGUCGCUAUCCUCAGCAUCGCUGACAGCGGCCGUCGCGGCCGCUGCAUGCGGCGGGGCCGGAGGAGGAGGGGGCGGGCUACUGGGGAUGGCAGGCGGUGGUGGGCGUCGGAGCAGCGGCAGCGGCGCUCCGGGGCAUCAUGGUCGAGGGUCCGGACGGCUGGGGGGGCUUCAGGGCCGACUGCAGGCUGUGCUGGCCGGCUUGAAGCUGCUGCAAGACCGGGAGGCGGAGGCCGCAGUGGCGGCACCACCCCCGCCACCGCCAGUUGGCAGCGUGCUCCUCGAGGUAUGCAGCCGGACGAGGGAGGCGCACCUCACUCGGGCCACUUGCGUUGUACGGCGAAUGUACGAAGAGGCAUUUGGUGGAGGCAACGGCCAAGGCAACGGAGGCGGCAACGCAGCAACGGGAGCGGCAACACCAGCAGCGGCGCAGCAGCAACCACCAGACCCGCAGCAACCGGCUGACCGGCCGCUGUGUGCCGGACAAUCCGUACACGUGUUCCUGGACUCCAAGCGCAGCGACUGGGGCAUCGAGCCAGGCAGCAGCCUGCUCGUCCUGCCGCCGUACAAGAUCUUGCGGAUUGUCAACGCAGCCUCGUCAGCAGCGGCAUCUGCCGUACUAACAGCCGCUCCUGAGGAGGAGCAGGGGCAGCAGCAGCAGCUCCAGCCUCGCCCGCCGCCGCCAACCCCUCAUAGUCUUUCACCCAGGGAGGGUGAUGCGAGCGCAAGUGUUGUGCUGUUAGCGUACCUGACUCGGAGGGUUUGAAGGGGCUGCGGCGCUGUUAGGACGGGAUGCGGGCGGCGAAUGUAGGAAAGCAUGGCAGUGCAAGUGUCUCGCAUGUGCCGUUUAGCUGCUAAAAGCAAUAAUGUACAUUCUUUUUGCACACUCCACCAGACCAAGAAAUACACCAUUGCUGUCCCAGUAUAAUGGGUACUUGGUUAACACAAUGCCGUACACUUUGUUAAGAUGUUGUCGUAUGCACGGCAGGAUGGCAUUGCUUGGAAGCGUGUUGCUUUGCUGGGCAGUGUUGGCUGGUACCGGUAUGUGCAGUUCCCCGUAGAAAAAAUGCUUGGGCGCCAUACCAACACAGAGCAGUGUUCGACUUGUAGCAGGCACUGGGCAUCUGCAGGGGAUACUGAUUUGUUACAACAUUGCUUU